AUGUUUAUCUCCUAAGGCGCAAAUGACAGCCUAACCAGGGCGGUGUUAGAAAGAUACCCCCGCGCUUAAAAAAGGAAACAGCAGGCGCAGGCUCUUUGUUGAGGAUGAAUUCGGCGGAACAGACGGUGACAUGGUUGAUCACGCUCGGGGUGCUGGAGUCGCCGAAGAAGAGCAUCUCGGACCCGGAGGCUUUCCUGCAGAGCUCCCUGAAAGACGGGGUGGUGUUGUGCAGACUGCUGGAGCGGCUCAGCCCGGGCUCCACAGAGAAAGUUUACCCUGAACCGAAGAAUGACGGCGAGUGUCUGAGCAACAUAAAGGAGUUCCUCAGGGGCUGCACAUCGUUCCGCGUCGAGCCAUUCGAGGCCAGUGACCUGCUGCUGGGCCUGAACUUCUCCAAGGUGCUGAGCAGCCUGGUCACCUUGAAUAAAGUGACGGCAGAUAUUGGCGUGGGAAGUGAUUCAGUGUGCGCCCGACACUCUUCCGCCCACCGCAUCAAGUCGUUUGAGUCACUGUCCACUCAGGCUUCACUGGGCCGAUCUUCCAAGCUGCUGCAGAACCAGUUUAGAAGUCUGGACAUGUCAGAAAACAGUGGUCAGCAGCUGCUGGUGAAGGCUCGGUUCAACUUCCAGCAGACCAACGAGGAUGAGCUCACCUUCAACAAGGGUGACAUCAUCAACGUGACUCGUCAGGAGGAGGGUGGCUGGUGGGAAGGGAUGCUCAAUGGCAAGACUGGCUGGUUUCCAAGCAACUAUGUGCGUGACGUCAAAGGCUCUGAAAAAGCAUUUUUUUUUGUAAAAAUGAGGAUUUUUUUUUUGCGUAUUAAAGAGUUUUUUAAAAUUAUUCCUCAGCUCCCAUCUCACCCUCUCACCCCGUCUCGCCAUGCCGAGGGGAGGUCCAUGACAGUCGCCCCCACCUACCACACCCUGCCACACCAGUCCUCCCAUGGGACAACCCACAGCACCUUAAUGUGGGGCCCUCUGGAACCACCCAACACCCCCAAACCCUGGAGUCUGAGCUGUUUGAGACCUGCACCACCUCUGAGGCCCUCCGCUGCUCUCUGCUACAAAGAGGAUCUCAGUAAAAGUCCGAAGAGUGUGAAGAAACUCCUUCCUAAACGCAAACCUGAGAGAAAACAGUCUGAGGAGGAAUUUGCCUUGAGGAAGAGUACAGCUGCUCUGGAAGAAGAUGCUCAGAUCCUGAAAGUAAUUGAAGCGUACUGCACCAGCGCCAAGACCAGGCAGACUCUUAACUCUAGAAGGGGAACUGGGCUGCAUGUGAUCAUCCCUGGUGAAGACAAAGUUUUUGUGGAGGAUCCCAGUCGCAAUGGACAGAGUGCGCUGGAAGAAAAGAGCCUGGUGGAUGUGGUUUACGCCUUACGGGAUGAAGUUCAAGAGCUGAAACAGGAUAAUAAGAAGAUGAAAAGGUCGCUGGAGGAAGAGCAGAGAGCGCGGAAAGACUUGGAGAAAGUUGUGAGGAGAGUAUUAAAGAGCUUGAACGAUCCAGCGUGGGAUGAGACAAACUUGUGA